GGAUUUAGGAUUUGGGGUUCCUUCCUUAUCUUUGUAUUGAAGCAGUUUGAUCACAAUGGAUUUGGGACUGACAUCUUUUAUUUUGAAAUUUUUGAUUCCUGUAACUGCGGUGGGGGAAGGGGUAGGAGUCUAAUGAUGCAACUAACAGCACAGUGAAAAAUGCCCCUUUCUAUAAUUCUUCCACAGCAAAUAUUCACAAGGUAUAUGUAAGAAUAUUAAAAGACAGCAUGUUGAGAUGCUGUACAAGACAAAUCAGCACAGGUAUGGGGCUUCACUUUGUCCACAGUGGUGGACUCAUAAAGAACAUUCUUUACAGGAACUUUAAUAAGCCUAAUGUAGUUGAGGAGACAAAGAGUGAAACUACCAAACUAAAUUUAAGGAUUUUUAAUCUUUACCAGAAAUAUGGACACUUUUUCUCUUUAAUAAUAUUCUGAAUUGAUUGACAUUUUACAAUUCAAUUUUUGGACUACAUUAAUAAAAACUCAAAUGAGGCUGUGGAAAAAUAUAUAGAGAAGAACAACGCUCAGUUGCAAAGGUACCUUUCCUUAAUAACUUUGGACCACUGAAUAGCUGACCCCUGCUUUCAGGUGGUUUCAUUUCCACGGUAUCACCUGCCAAAUAGCAAUAUAUCCCUUUAAAUGUCAGCAGUAAUUACUUCUGCACCUUGAGACAACCUCUCAAAUGAAACAAAGCAGGCGGUGAUGAUGUUUGUCUCUCUUACUCUGGCUGUCUCUCUCUCUCUCUCUUUGGCUGUCUCCCUCUGUCCUCUUUGUCUUUGUUGUUGAAAACCUCUUGAACCAUGGAGCAGAGCAUAUAUAUAUAUAUAUGUGUGUGUGUGUGUGUGUGUGUGUGUGUGUGUGUGUGUGUGUGUGUGUGUGUGUGUGUGUGUGUGUGUGUGUGUGUGUGUGUGUGACAGCUAGAUCCAGGACUCCCACCUGCUGUUAUUAUUCUCGCCUUCCACAUGAUUAUGACAAAGCAGCAGGGGUUGGCCAAUAGGAAGGUACCACUUAAUGUACCAUGAUUCAGUCCAGACCUGGCAAACACACAUGAACACACACACUUAUUUGUAUGCACAAAAAAUGUGCGUAUGUUGUUUUGUCACAGCCAUAAUGUGUUCAGUGGGAAAGCUAAGAGGUUAACUAGUCUGAAAUGUGUAAGUUUCCCCUUGCAGUGUCUCUGAGAAGGACACAUAAACCAUGUGAAUUAAUAGAUAUGUGUGUUUGCAAACAUGUAGAUGGGGAAAAUGGAGGAGGGUAAUACAUACUGUACAUUGCUAUGCUGUGUAUGUUGUUAAGGAGACCUCAGAUUUCUUGAGAUGAAAUGUUGAGCAUCGAAUGAAAAAGGAGUGUGGUGCUGAUUUGAAUGUGGUAAUUUGUUAAACUGUCAUGGGUUGAAAGGGGUACAGCUGGUUAAUAGCAUUUGUUCAUUUUUUAUCAAAACUUGGAUCAGAAGAUUCAUUACACCCUCUUGUCAAAUGACAAAUAUAAAUCUGCAGUCAGCUCCUAACUGACAUAGCUUUGUCUUUGAGAUGAAUCACUCACUUGCUUUGGUCAAUGUUUUCAAAUUAGCUUCCUAAUUCUCUCCUCCACUUUGUUGUCUGUGCUCUUCAUUCAGUAGAUCAGGGUAUUAAAAAGUAGCCUGUAUUUUUUUGUCAAAAGUUAGCAAUGGGAUCUGUCUUCACUUGGUACACAGAGUUUUUCAGCUGUCUUGUCAAAGAGUUCCUUUUUCUCCCUCUUUUGUUCUUUUGAAUGUGUUCAGGCCAAACAAAAUAGACUGUUUCCUUCACGUAGCAGCAUUGGUUUGUUUAAACAAAUAGGAAAUUGCUAUCAAUUGAGGAGAUUUUAUUCUUGAGGGAGAAAAAAAUAACUCUCCAUGAGGACAACUUUAUGAACACAAUGUAUUCUUUCCUUAUUUGACCUAAAUUGACAUCUUUAACUGAAAGUACAUUGUCUUUAUCUAUACAUACAGCUGAGGGAUUGGUAGGUUAUUUAUACUUAUAUAACACCAUAUAAUCAGACAUUGCUUGAGGCAACGUCUGCCCAGUGUUAUAAAUUGAUUCUGCAUACAGAGCUACAUAACUGAUGGAGUGAGAGACCUCUGAAGGACCUUGAAGGGACGAGCACUGCAUUAACAAAGGUACUGGUAGAACUGUACAUAGCUGUGCUAACACUGUUGACCUCCAGAAAACUUAGAAGUUGCAUAUAAUUUAUCAGAUACUUACUUUAGAGCAGUGGUUCUCAACUGGUCUCACUCUCGGACCCACAUUGUCCCAUUGUCCUUAAUUCACGACCCACUUUUAUAGAAUUCAAACCAAGCAAAAAAAAAAAAAACCUUUAAAGACUCAAAUCUUUAACACAAAUACACCCGUUUUGUUGAGUAAAGUGCAUUUCAGAGCACAUGAACUGAGGACAACUACUGAAGUUGCAUUUACAGGAAAUAUCAAAUAAAUAUCAAAUUGCACAAAACGAGCUAUUUUUCAAAAUAAAAGACAUGUCAAACAUCAGAUGCACAUUAAAUAUUUUCUUUUUUGACCAGAUGUUUGCAACCCAUCCAGAACGUGUCCGCGACCCACUUUUGGGUCGGGACCCACCAGUUGAGAACCACUGCUUUAGGGUAUUUAACUAGUGUUAAACAUUAUGUGUAUUGUAUUUACAGGGUACUUUGAAAAGGCUCAGUCAAUUUGUGUAAUUGAUUGUUAUUUGAUUUUAAAAAAUAAUGGGAGAAUAGCUGAAAGUUAAAACAAAAUUCGAAUGGUACAAGUUGUGGGGGUGUUUUGAAGCACCUCACAAGUUAUAAUUUGUAGGGGAGAGUGGAGUAAGAUGAGCCAUUUUUCAUAUUUCGGAUCACUAUAUCAAGGCAAGCAUAGUUUUGUCUUGAACUAGUGUAUCUGCAUAUAUUUCAAGAUGUUGUGCAUCCCUGCAAAUCUCUCCCCUAUCUGUUGGAAUUAGGUUUAAGAAGGUAAGAUCCCAUUUAACCUCAAAAUUUCAUAAAAGUGGGGAUUUCAAUGAGACACGGGCCUCCAGAGGGGCUGUUGGAAAUCUUUCACGUUAUAACAGACGAAGUUCGGACGAAGAAUCCUUGAAUUGACGUGCCCUAGCUCCUCGUAAAUCCACAUUAAGCAUUAAGCUACUGAGCUGUGAAAUGUGCAGGUAGAUAACAACGAUUUUGUGAAGGCAGCGUCAGAGGAUCUGUAUCCUAGCAACCAGGGACGCCAGCGCUCUGCCUGGUUUAACUUUGGAGGUGAAGUCUUGAGAGUCUUAUCUGUUUUUUUUUCACCUCUGAAGAUCGCUUUGGGGACGAAAAGGUGGACGUAACACUCGAGGCGAAAACCAGACUCCUUUCCACCGUGUCUGCGUUUAGUAACAGCCCACUACGCCGAAACGAAUCCAAAGAAAUGUCUUACUUUAAUAGAGCCUCCAAGGUAAAGUGUUGGAAAAUCGGUUGUCAGCCAUGAUAAGCUAACUUUACCUGUAAUGAAGCUAAUUAGCCAUUAGCCUGAUGUUUGAAGGUUUGUGUUUAACAUAAGGGUUCAGAGGGAGUUGAAUGGAACUUAGAGAUUAUCUUGUAAUGUAAUGUUACCCAUCUCUGUCAAAUUACAUAAGUGGGUCUGCUUUGAUUUACUGGAGCUCAUUUACAACUUUUUCACACUUGUGUACAUUUUAAAGAAACAAAUUUGUUGAUUAAUUGUGAGUCUAGUAGGGUUAAAAUGUGACUUUCUAAGCUUAGAAACUUUGACUCUUAAUGAGGCUUAAACAUGUUCAGGUAAUGGAAUAAACAGUUGUAGAUGAUACUGUACAUGACUGACUCUGAGAGAGACUCUUUAUCCAAAUAAGUUCAAUAUCAAUGUGAUACUUUUUAUAUUGGUGUGACUUGAACAAAUCUGCUUGGACAUUUGCUUUGGGUUUUACUGAUCACUUAAAUCGACCCAAAAUAGGACUAAACCCUUUGAGGAGAAGCUUUAAAUGAAGGUAACCUGCUUGUUUUUUGUUCAUUGCAAGGCCCCAGAAAUCUCCACUUAUGACCAGGUGUUCAACCAGGCGGAGGGGUACGACAUGAGACUGCGGCGUGAUGACAGAAAACACGACAAAGGAAGAGGACUGAACAUAUAUGAAGAGGUAAUGAUUCGUUGCAUUAAAUAUAUUGAUUAUAUUUCCUGUAGAGAUGUCAGGGAAUAUUGCCUUAUUGCACUAACCACCAACACAUUUUAUACAGACAGCAGAACAACAUAAGAACUUGCACUCUGCCCAGUUUGCUGAACAUCAGGAGAAAGCCCUGCUUAUUUCUGCAAACAGCAUCUUCAUUUCUAAGAUUUUAUAGAUACAAUAGCUUUUGGAAAGUUAGUGGAAUAUGAAAACAUGUUCAAAACAAGCAAGUUUCACAGGAUGUUCGAUGUUUAGAAGUUUCUCAACAUUUUCAUGACGUUGUGGCUGACAUGUACUCUAGAUCCCCAAGAUUUUUUUUUUUAAUGGCUGCUUUUGAAUCUAUUUCAUCCCCAUUGAGUAAUUAUUCAUGUCAAGAAAACUAGCUCACAGCGAGUUUCUGGGUCACUGAAAGCAGAGAGGGUGGUGAACAAAGCAACCACUCACACUGCUGAGCGUAUAAUUAUAGUGAGUUGCGAGGUUGGCCGUCAGCACCGUUGACAGCUCCUGCUGAGUUAGGAUCCUUCUGUUCUGGGAUUCAUAUUUGAAUAUGAAUGAAAAUUUAUUUAUUUUAUUAACUAUUCAGAGGAUAAUUAGUGGCAGUGAGUUAUUAUUGUUUGUAAAAUUCUGAAGCUUAUACCAAUAUAGACCGAACAACUGAGUCUUUUUGCGCUGCUUAGAGGAACCUGACCUACCUAGAGUUAAAGGCACCGCCACCGAGUGUCAGAUAUUCUCUUGAAAAAGCUCACGUUGACACAAAAGUUAUCAUGCAACAUAUUUACUGCCUUUUCCUUUAUAUUUAGAAUUAUAGUGUAGUAAAUAGAUGUCUCGUCCAGUUUCACUUCUGUUAUUGCAACCUAUAAUAGAUGCAGCAAAGAGGUGAAAUGAAACUUGCGGCAAAGAAGACGAAAGAAAACAUGUGACACCAUGGUGCAGGCACCUUUUUAGCUGCUAUUAUUAUGACUUUUAGAGUCAUGUUCUGGUUGGAAGAAAAAUUAUACUAUUGCCAAAUUCUGAAAAACAUAGAUGAUCGGCUUCUUAACAUCUUGAUGGAGGUGGACGGCUUCUCUCACUUCCAUACAGGACUGAAAGAUUCAGAAGAUCUUUUGUACCCACUGCAAUCAGACUCUACAACUUGGCUGUAAAUAAUAGAUGACAUAAAACUUUCGACAUGAGAACCCAGACAAUCGAAUUUCUCCUCAAGGAUGAAUUAAGUUGUUAUCUUAUCUCACAAUAAAACUCUAGCACAUAUAGUGCAGUCAUAACACGAGGAACCUGAAACUGCACUCUACCCCUCACUCUCUAAACAAGAAAAAUUUGUUCUUAAUGAAACUAAUUCAUACGCAGGACGCUGGCAGCAUGCAUACAGAGGCCUUGAGGGGCCACUGCCAUUUGUUGUUUGCCCUUUCCUUCCCCUUCUCUCUACUGCCAACAUUUCCUUUCUCUCUGAGGCUACCCUUUCAAUUAAGGCAAAACAUCCCAAACUUAACAAUAAUGAAUAAUUUCAUUACAAUCAUAAUAAUAAUGAUAUCCUCAUAAAUCAUAUCCUCAUGACCAUGUUAACUGCUCAAAUUGAAUAGUUAUGCAAACAAAAAUAGAACUUUCUGGACAAAACAAAUCGUUUCAAACAGACUGAUCAACAGUUAAAAGCUUCAGUCAUGGUUGCAGUGACAGCUGUACUUUUUACACUGCAAAGAUUUUCAGUGUAAUGAUACAACUUAUACGAGAAUAAAUGUGCAUGAGUUUCAGACAAACUUAAACUUGUUAACAGUGACUGUUUUUUUUCUAACUGAUAUAACAUUUCUUUGCAAAUUAAUCAGCUCUCACUAGUCCCGUUUUUGACAUCAGCACAAUAUUACUCUGUGAUUAAGUUAUAUACAAAUAAACAUCAGUUUUGCACCAAAAACAACCACACCAAGGUAUGUAUUUCCUGAACUUAAAAGCUUUAGAGAAAAAUGUUUGAUAAAAAUAUUGAUUCCCUGGUUUGUAGUGCAGACCACUGUUUCUUACAUCGCUACAUGAAAAUUCAGAUAGUUCUGCAAGUAUUACCAUACAAUGGUGCUUAAACUUUGUGAUGUACCCAUUUUAUCUCAAGCAAUAUAUGCUCUGUGAAUGUAGUCAGCUCAUUUUCACAUGAGUUAUAACUAAUUCAGAUAUGAAUGUUUUGUUAGAAUAGCCAUGAAUUAUUCUGCCUUGUUGUCUCUCUCUCAACCCAAGGAGAGAACCAGAGCCGUUCCUCUGCGGUCCUCUGCAGAGUAUGGCCGUCAUCCUGUUCAUGUCCUCUUACAAACAAGCGGGGAAUACAAACGGGUGGCGAUGUCCAAAGCUGAAUUCUUCAUAAAAAGUGGCAUCAUCUGGGAUGUGGAGGAAGGAUAUGGAUCAGUGACUCCUGCCUGAAAACCUUAAGUUUCACUGCAUGAGAUCCAGUGUUUGCUCACUGUGGAAGCAGCCCAUAAUAAAGCAAUGUUGUACUGUGCACAUUUCAAUUGACCAAGUGGGUCCCCUGCAUAAAGAUCUGGCACACAUUAUUUUCGAGAACCAUCAAAUGUGAUUAUAUUUUAAGAUAGGAUUAUAUUUUAUUGAUCCCCAGAAGGGAAAUUCAGUAUGUACCAAAAGAUACAAGUGACAGCAAGACAAACAUUAUUUUAUGUAAAAUAUAAUCCACCAAAAGAUUCUCGAAAAUAAAUCAGAAAAAAAUAGGAGCUUCAUUAAGCUUCUGAAUAUCAUUUUCUACAACUCCAAUUUAAUUCCUUCUGUGUCAGACAGUCUGUGUCAGACUGUGUCAGAGAGUCCAUGAAUUAAAAUGAAAAUUCUUCCAGUUCAUUAAGCUCAGUUACAUUAAAAAUCAGAGUUCUGAUUUUGGCAUUGCUUUCUCCAAUAGAGAAGUUGUUUAAUGGUGUUCUGUAUGACGGCACAAUGUGAACUUUUUGAUGGACUGUGCUUUUCACUUCGGCACUCCACCACUGAGAGCUGAUAUAUUCACACAAUCGGCUGAGCCACUAAGUCUUGUCUAUGUUCAGUAUCUUGUAUACAUUUCAGAUUGAGUCGCAUGUGUAUGAUGAAAAGUUUUUACGUAUCUCUCUUGACUUUUUUUAUGAAGAAGGUUUUUGAAAGGGGUGAAGCCUGAAUCCACACAACUCAAAGCGAGCUUCAACAUGAUCACACGUUCAAGCUUGGUCUCAUUUCCUUCUGCCUUUGUUCUCUGUCAGAAACAGGAACUUAGGUCUUUAAAAAUUAUGUAGUAUCUGAUUUUUUUGUGUGUUUACUUUGGAGGAUUAAAUGCAAAUUCACAAAGUGUUGUAGCAAAGAUUAACUGCUGAUUGAAUUGAAAUGAAGAUGAUCUAAAAAGAAAGAUUUACACCUAAAUUAUCAGAUUCAUUCUUUAAUUUUUCUGCCUUGUGUUCACAGGUAUGACUGGUUUUGAGAAAAGGAAGUAAUUAGGGAGUAUGAUAUACUUUGCAUUUGACAUACAGUUCUAUAACUAUUCUAUCAAAAGACACCAGUAUUCUUACCCACUUUUGUUAUGAUUGAUAAGAAUAAAUAGAUAUACAAAAGGUUCACCAGUUUUGUCUUCUCUGAUUCAAACCAAUGAUCUCAAAGUUUUGUUGUUGACGGUCUCUUAUAUGAAAAAACAAACAAUGGUUUAUACUGUUCUGAUUCUUUCAUAGUUCUUUCCUGUUUAAUGCACUAAAGUAAUCACACACAGACAGCCGCCAAGUUAUUUAUAUACAAAUGUUUAAUGAUUAACAAAAGGAUGGCAGUGAACAUUUACACUCAUAGCUGUUGGUUUGUUUCCAGAUAAAUUAUAAAAAAGAAACCUCUACUUUCUCUUGGAUCCAGUGCCUGAGUCCUCCUCCUCCUCUUCAGUGGGACACAAAGGCAGCCCUGAAGCUAUAAAUACAAUUCACAGGUUUUGGCAAACUACCCACCACACUGGCAUCUUGCUGGCAAGAGCUGCUCUAUAUGACAAUAAACUAAUGUAGCAUCCAUUUGAAAUAAAACUGAACAAACUGGCACACAGUGCCAACAAGGCGGAUACAAAAAAGCACAGCUCGGCAGGCAGCUCAGUUUGCUCAAGUAUAAGGCUUUAAAGCACUGCAACACUGGCAUGGCUAAUUAGAUCCACACCACUACUUCUGUACAAACGAGUGACUGAGGUCCGUCAUAGCUGCACCGCUGUAGCAAACCUCUCUUACAGCAGGGACUCCUUUAGGCAGAGAGGAGACUUCUCGGAGCAAUGUCCUUUGUUUACACUUGAGUUGUGAGUAGCAUCCAUAAUGCAGCACUGGAGGACCAUGUCGAUGCCCCUCAGCUCUUCUGCUCUACAUAGUGUUACCAGGGACAAAACUAGUUCUAUUCAUUGUACUGCUCUCCUUUUGUAAUGGGUGUUAGUUACAGAGUAUGACAAAUCAUUCUAAAAAACCACUUUGCGUGUUUGGUUGCCUUCUUCGGUAUGUUACGCUCAAGGCAUCACCGUCCCUUGUGACAGAGAUCGCGUCAUCUCUGAGAGAACAAAGUAAGUCUUCAGGUCUCCCUUGCCCUUCACGUUAAUGAUGCCCCGACAUGAACACAUGUAUCCAAGAUUUGAUAAGAUACCACUUGUCUCCUCUGUUACCUGUAUAAAGAGAAACAAAUAUAAGUGUAAAUAUCACAAACAAAUAUGAGUGUGAAGAUCAAAGAUAACUAUCAUACUUGCAGACAUGCAUCUGCACAUUAUCAGGUGACCCACCUGUAUUUUACCCAGUACCCCGGUGGUCUCCAUCCUACUGGCCACAUUUACGCUGUUUCCCCAAAUGUCGUACUGAGGUUUCUGGGCUCCAAUAACACCUGCAAUAACUGGCCCAUGGUUUAUCCCUAGAAGAGGCAGUUAUGACUUGAUGUAGUGAAAGGAAGAACCAUUUUUCUCUUCUUCUUUAUCUAAACUUGAUGCCUGUUUGUUUGUUUGUCUACCUUUGAGCAUGGAUUUGUUUUUUUAAUAUGUCAUUUUCUGCAGUGACUUAUAUUUAGACCUUUAAGCAAUCAUCUAUCAACAAUUUAGUUUAAAGAGUAUGUGUGUAUUUUCCUUGACGUCUUGGCCUUAAUCAAUCCAUCUAUCAAUUUCUAUUAUCGACCCAAAUCAUGACCAAGUUUCCCCCUUAGACACAUAAAUCUACCACAAGCUAACAAAAUCCUUUCUUGAUGGAUCAAGACAUUUAGCUGAAGUAGACUCGUUGAUAAAUAGCCUCAUGCCUGGACUAGCUCCUGGCUAUAUUACGACUGUCAUUAACCAGUUAGAGACUUAAAAGACAUUUUUUCUAAUCUGGGAUCAAGUGGAUCAUAACUUUGACGUGAACAUUUUCUCACCAAUUCUUAGUCUGAAGUCGUUAAAGGAGUGUUUGUUGAUAACAUCGAGCUUCCCCACGAGAGCAAAGGCAAAUUCCACCAUAGUGCCAAUGUGCAUGUACUGUCGGUCGUGUUCCUGUGGGAGAUAAAGAAAAAAAAGUUAAAUCAGCUUCCUUAACCAGGUUUAAAAAAUAGGCUUCUUUUAACCGAACACAAAAACAUUAGGUAGCAGUAAAGCAGAAGGACCAAUGUAUUUGUCUUAGGAAACUUACAUCGAGUAAAAAAAUCUGCCACUGUCACCAAUCAUGAUGAAUUUUUGUGACACUGAGUUUGAGGUUAAAAGGACUUCAAAGCAGGAAAAUUGAUUUCAAAUCCAGAGAUACUGAUAAAAAUUAUGAGCUGCCCUAUUUUGUGUCAUGAUCUCAUUUGUUGCAGUGGUUACCCAGAUGUAUUUAAAUUAGGUUGUGAUGAAUCACUGAUGCUUUUAUGUUACGUGUGGCACAUUUUUCAAAGUGCAGCCUACACAAAGCCUCCAAAUGUAUUCGGACAGCAGUGAACACUUUGAUGCCUGGGCCUUAUUCUGUUGUGCGACCACAAAUGAAAAAUUAUGAGUAUGUUACAAAUAAUCAGAGGGUGUCAGGGUUACUCUGGCACUCUGAAAUGAGGUUAGCAUGUAAAAAAAAACAAAACUCCUGUUAUUGUCUCCACUUAUCAAAUAUGAUAAAAGCUGGACAGGUCAGAGCUUGACCUCCAAUCAAGGUAAACCAAACAACGAUCCGUUUCUGUAAAGGUAUACUGCAUCUAUAUAUCUGUGUGUGUGAAAAUAAGUCCAUGU